GGGGGUAAAUCCACAGAUACGGGUGAUGCUGGCGGCUGGCGCGCCCUUGGACGUGUUAUCCCAUCGAUGCCAGAAAACGAACACGCUCCGGAUUCGACAUCUGCUGCGGUGAGUUGCGGACUCAACGCCGGCGGUAACUCGAUGAAAGAGUCUCCCAGUUCGACGGAGUCAAAUAAAGGUGUCUUUCCGGCAUUCUGUUCUUUUUGUCGCAAGUCGUACCGGACGACGAAAAAGCUAUACAUGCACUGCUUGGAGGCGCAUAACCAGGACAAGAAUUGGAGCGAGAGCGUCAAACCGCAUCAAGCGCCUCCGGACGUGACGGUGACCAGCGACAGUGGUGCACCGGCGGUCUCCAGGGCAGAGCAGACAUACGAUGGGACGAUCGUCUGCUGCGAGAAAUGCAGCAAGCACUUUUCCAGCACGUACUUCUUGAACAUCCAUCAGGCGACCAGACACUCCGUUACGGAAGAAUCCGGAGCCACCGACCGACCGGUUGGCCAGAAUUUGUCGAACCACUGUUCACGGUCGAAACGCGAGCCGGACAAAAUGAAUAGCUUUCAAGCGAAGAGCUUCGCGAACGCCAACACUAGCUAUGCUUCUCCUUUCGGGGACACCGGCACCCGUACGACGGCGUCGAAUGCACACGCGCACGGUGGCUCGUUGCCGUUUUUCUCUCCGUCCUCUUUCUCGAACGUGUACGCCCAGCUGAUGGUGCCGUCUUCUUUACCGCUCAUUCCAGACCUUAGCUGCUCUGUCUGUCGCCAGCUGAUGCUCAUCUUCCAAAGCCACUUCAUGAUGAACCAUAGCAAUAUGUUGCUCAAUCCGUACAACGUCUAUUCGAACACGUCUGACUUGGGAGGUCGGUUCGCUGCGUCUUCGAGCAGCGACCAGAACCAAGCCGCCGCCGCUGCCGCCGCCGCCGCCGCAUCGUGGCUGAGUUCUGUAGGCAGCGAUCUGUCGUCUUAUCCUGACGUUGCUGGCGGCACCCUCCCGGCUGCUGUAAACAAUUGCAGAAUUCCCUCUGCGCACACGCCGCUCGUGGAGACUAUACCACCAUCGAAAUUGACCAAGCUGCAGGCAGAGGUGGCGGCGGCAAAUACAUCGGCGUCGUCGGGUGUUGCGUUGUCGAUGUCACAGCCGUUGUGUAGUUUUCAGCAGAGACAGUCGAACGGUAUUGAGGCGAUGAACGAUCUGUUGGCACCGAAGGACUCGUCGUCGAGCAGCCUGUCGUGCAAUCUGUGCGUGCGAUCAUUUCCGAGUUUGUUCGCGCUGAUCGCCCACCGCUACCGGGAACAUGGUAGUUUCGACAGUUCGCUGACCACCAGCCUGGCCGCCCUGAGGAGCGCUUCAACGACCGUGCCGCAGAGCGUCGACCCAGACUCGUUUUGUGACAUCUGCAAAAAAGAGUUCUGCAGCAAGUAUUUUCUGCGCACGCACAUGUUCAAGGUGCACGGCAUCGUAACGGAAACAAGCCCUGGCCAACCGGCCGGCGGCGCCGGAGCGAUGCACGGCAUGAUCAUCGAUGAAAACAAGGUAGUGGUGGCGAACGUCAACGGUGCAUCGAACGGGGAGGGGCUUGUUGCUCCAAAGCAGGGCUUCCGUUCGAAAGUUCACAAGAAAUCAACGCCCCCCGUUCUGGCGCAGCCGGCAGACGACGGCAGCAGCAGUUUGGCGAGGGACGACGAAGGCAGUGCAGCGGAUCAGGGCUGGGCUGACGAAUGUGCCGGCACCAAACUCCAGGUAGCGGAAAAUGCGCAAGCCAGCAGCGGCGCCUCGACUGCAGGCAAAGCUUCUGACGUUUGUGACAACUGUGACCAGGAAACAUUGGAAAUCAUGCCCGAAGAGCUAGACCUUCAAAUCCAGUGUGACGGAUCGGCAACGGCCAGUGAGUCUGUGAAAGAAAAAGUGGACGAGGACUCAUCCUCAACGUCGAUUGGUCAGCAAGCGUCAGAAAAGACCGACGACAGACCCAAUCUCCGGCAUGACCCUCAAAGUCUUUCGCAAAUCAAAUGCAUUCGUCAGAAAGUUAACAGAUCAUUAACCAAUUACAUCGCCGCUUAUAAAAUCGUCAGAGGAAGUGCACGUAAAACGGCCAUGGCACUUUACAUCGAACAGCCGUCACUUUCAGCAGCUAGUUUCGGCCUCUGUCCCGUCGUCGGUAAUAAGGUCAGAGACGGACAGACGGACGGACGCCCGCCGGGCGACGAUCCGCUUUACCGCAUUUUCACGUCAAGGCUCCGAUCCGUUCCAGAAGACGCGUGCUCGGUCCAUGCCAGGUGCUCAAGUUGCAGUCGACUUUACAAUGUCGACGGAAGGCUUGGCUCACAUCCGUCGGUCAUAUCUGACUACGUGUAUGCGACCUGGGCUCCUAAGCAAGGUGGCUUUGUGCUGAAACUUGCCAAAACUGUGACGCCAUCGACGUUGACCGACCGUCUAACGGCAGGCGAGCGUUUCUGGGCAGCUCCCUCUCCGGAGUCGAACCCUGAACCUCCCUCUCCGGAGUCGAACCCUGAUCCUCCGUUACCCGUUAUCACCAUGAACGAUAAGCGGCCGUUCAUCCAGCUCUCUAACUUUGGAUUUUUGGCUCACGGUUACUUUUACGUUCAGGUGGCUAACCUGACAUAUCCGGGCUUUGAAGGGCUGUCUGCUAAUGAUUUGAUUGGAUUCACGUUCAGCAAAGGUGACGAGCUGCCUGAAGCCAUGAACUCGAAUCCGAAUGAAUGUUUUUUGGAAGCCGAUGAUGAAUAUUCAGCCAUGCUGUUUUUAUUGGACUUCGGAUCUGGCGAGGUGCACAUUAGGUAUUCUGGCACAGCUAUGAAUAGCCUGCCGCUUUGCUUUAACAAAGAAGUAGAGGACUGUGUACGGGCUUACACACUGGAAGGGGUACCGUUUCGGUCGCUCAACCAGUCAGCGAACGAUGGCGCCGUUCGCUUUGCAUCCGUACAAAGACUGCAGAUCAGGUCAGCGCCGGUUGCCAAAGGUUUCCCUUCAACGUUCAAACUGCCGAAAUUGAGCAGAGACGUGUCGGCACAGAGGACACUUAUUAAUAACGCUAAGACGACGAAACUUUCAAAUGACAAUGGAAUGUUUUCUUUCGAGUUCGCCGUGCCGUUUCCCGACUCGGCCGCAAAUGAAGGCGAAUACUGGUUCAUUUUUCACAAUUGCCGCAACAAUCGGCGGUCGUUCUUCAGCCAGACUGGCGUCACGUUUACGGUAACGAUCGUCGAACGCAACGAGCACAGUUACCUUUCUGCGGGUGAAAUCUUUCGACCCACAUUGUACUUUGUUCUGGCCGCGUUGUUCCUGCUAGCCGGUGUCGCCUGGGUGUACGUGCUGCACCGCGAACGGUACGACAUCAUUUCUGUUUCGGCCACUGGCAGCAACACGCUUAAAUGCCGUGCUUCUGUUUCAGCCAGAACGUCUUCAAAAUACACAUCUCCAUGGCUGUGCUUGCUUUCAUCAAAACGCUGGCGGUGUUUUUUCACGGGGUACUGUAACGAUCUGUUAUACGCGAUUUUUGUAGUCACUGCGACGCGCCAGCACGAUUUCGUGAUAUGUAUCAUUCAGUUAUUGCAGUGGGGGUGAUA